CACCCUCUCCCCGGGGCGCAAAAGAAACCCCUUUCUGUGCCGUCCCCUCUCCACGAGCCCCCGAGGCGGCACCGAGCAGAGGCUCUGAAGGAGCCCCAGCCCCAGCCGGGGCGCCGGGCACGCGCGAGCCUCUCCCGGAGGAGCGCGAGGGUAAAGGCUCACCAAUGGCUCAGCUGGGAGCGGUGGUGGCUGUGGCUUCCAGUUUCUUUUGUGCUUCUCUCUUCUCAGCCGUGCACAAGAUAGAAGAGGGUCAUAUUGGGGUGUAUUACAGAGGCGGUGCCCUCCUGACUUCCACCAGCGGCCCUGGUUUCCAUCUCAUGCUCCCUUUCAUCACCUCCUAUAAGUCUGUGCAGACCACACUCCAGACAGAUGAAGUGAAGAACGUGCCCUGUGGGACCAGUGGCGGUGUGAUGAUCUACUUUGACAGAAUUGAAGUGGUGAACUUCCUGGUCCCAAAUGCAGUGUACGAUAUAGUGAAGAACUAUACUGCCGACUAUGACAAAGCCCUCAUCUUCAACAAGAUCCACCAUGAGCUGAACCAGUUCUGCAGUGUGCAUACGCUUCAAGAGGUCUACAUCGAGCUGUUCGAUCAGAUCGAUGAAAAUCUCAAACUGGCCUUGCAACAAGACCUCACCUCCAUGGCCCCCGGGCUUGUCAUCCAGGCUGUGCGGGUGACAAAGCCCAACAUUCCCGAGGCCAUCCGCAGAAACUAUGAGCUGAUGGAGAGCGAGAAGACAAAGCUGCUCAUUGCAGCCCAGAAACAGAAGGUGGUGGAGAAGGAAGCCGAGACGGAGCGUAAAAAGGCCCUCAUUGAGGCAGAAAAAGUGGCUCAGGUGGCAGAAAUCACCUAUGGGCAGAAGGUGAUGGAGAAGGAGACUGAGAAGCGGAUUUCGGAAAUCGAAGACGCUGCGUUCCUGGCCCGGGAGAAGGCAAAGGCCGACGCCGAGUGCUACACUGCCCUGAAAAUAGCCGAAGCAAACAAGCUGAAGCUGACGCCUGAGUAUCUGCAGCUGAUGAAGUACAAGGCCAUCGCGUCCAACAGCAAGAUUUACUUUGGCAAAGACAUCCCGAACAUGUUCGUGGACUCGGCGGGCAGCCUGAGCAAGCAGUUUGAGGGGCUUGCUGACAAGCUGAGCUUUAGCCUGGAAGAUGAGCCCCUGGAGACAGCCACGAAGGAGAACUGAAGGCAGCUUUUUAUACAGCCCCAGAGGACACUUUCAAGAGAUCUUUAUUUUUGAAGACGAAACAGAAUGUUCCUCCCUCUCACACUACCUUCUCUGACUCUCUUCCAGUUACUGCCGUGAAAAAGAAGCAGUGGACCGAAACGUACCCCUUCCUGCAAGGGGCGGGGG